CUUCGCAGUCCUAACCAUUACUGCGUUGGGAUACGCAGGGACACGUCCCUAUGAUUCACAUCCGCCGGUGAGGAAUUACAGGAAUACCAAGUCGUCGAGAUCUAUAGAGUACACGCCGAAAUCUUCGUCCGCAUGAGCACCAUUUUCGUAGAGCUGUUCCACCUUCCCAUCUCCUUCAUCCUGUACCGUCGCGGCGGUCACCACCCCGUCGCAGCGCUCGUCAUGGCCAUCCUACUCUUCGGCGGCUGGGUCAACAUUACGUGGCUACGGACUCUCGACUUUCUGGCGUUAGAGGUGUCCGUCACGGACACCUGGUUGGGACUGAGCUACUCAAGCGUUGCGGUUGGAUCGUUCAUCAGCCUGACGUACACGGUGUACCUGGGGUAUGCUGCUGCAGCUGUGCACAAGUGGAGACGGGUGCAGAAGGAAGCGAAGUACGUCACCAAGGGCGGCGAGUUUGAAAGUUGAAAGCGGUGGUGUCGAUGCGAUCAAGAUGGGGAAGAAGGCUUAAUGCGAGCCAGCGCAUGCAUGACAUGACCUAGCGAAGAAGAAUAGGUGGCCAGAGCAUCAUAAUGUCUAAUACAUGUUGUCACGGAUGUGAAGAUCCACGGUCAGGGUUAUACGAUGGAAACUGGCGUCAUAGGGAUCCUCUGAUGACACGAGUUACGGCGUAAUGGAUUGU